AUGCUUCAUCUCACCAAAAGGGCAGCGACUGCGAGACCGUACACCUCUAUCAAUGCGCCGGCUCUGCGCUCGCAACUCCACACAGCCUCGGCGAGUCUGCUUGAGCGCGUGUUCAAUGCACCUCAGCGCGACGGCACGUACGCGUUUGAUCUCGCUCCCACUCCAACUCAUUGCUGCUCAGAUGGAGCAGCCGUCGCAUCGAAGACGCUUGCGUUCCGCCAGAGAAAGAGGAUUCUUACGCUUGCCGGCAAGAGGGGCCUGAGCUCCGUCGCUACCUCUCAUAGCCAAGCAGGAGCGGAGGGCUUCGUUCCAGGCGCUUCGGACACCACGUCUACCAAUACAGCACGCCUGCCAAGCAAAGUUUUGAUCGCAAAUCGGGGAGAAAUAGCGUGCAGAAUCAUCAAGACUUGCAAAGAGUUGGGCGUCAGGACAGUCGCUGUGUAUUCCGAGGCUGAUGCCAAGAGCUUGCACGUACAGCUAGUGAGUGCAGAAAGCAGCGAGCGAGUCCACGUCUGCGCCUCACAUUUCCGCACCAUACGCCUGGCUCCGUACAGGCUGAUGAGGCGUACUGCAUCGGGCCAGCUGCAUCGAGCGACUCCUAUCUACGAGCGGAUCGAAUCAUCAAUGUAGCCAAGCUGACCGGAGCCGAGGUGAGUACCACGACGAACCAGGUUGAAGGUCCGAAUUUGGAGCUCGUUCUCACCUGCCUGCCGCGCGCAUUGCCUCAAGAUGGUUCACCCCGGCUAUGGGUUCCUGUCCGAAAACAGCGACUUCAGUCUUGCGCUGUCAGAAGCCGGCAUCACAUUUAUCGGCCCUCCAACGAGCGCCAUCAUAAGCAUGGGAUCCAAAUCAGCUUCAAAGGCCAUCAUGCUAGCAGCAGGCGUACCGUGCGUUCCAGGCUAUCAUGGUGAUGAUCAGUCCUAUGAACGACUUUCUCAAGAGGCCAAAAAGAUGGGCUUCCCGGUCCUGAUCAAGGCAGUCAAAGGCGGCGGAGGAAAGGGCAUGAAAAUCGUUUGGCAUGAGAAUGAAUUUGAAGAGCAACUGUUGAGCGCAAAAAGGGAGGCUGAGAAGGUGCGUCGGUACGCUUGCCUAUUAUUUGUUUCGCUGGUACCUCGCUGAAGCUCAACCUCGCUUUCCAUUGCCAAGUCCUUUGGAGAUGGCACAGUACUCAUCGAGAAGUAUCUGCUCAAGCCGAGGCACGUAGAGGUCCAGGUGCGUCAAGCAUGACCCAAUGCCGUCUGACGAAUGCAGACACUCAUCGAUCGGCUUCACUCGUGCUGCCUAGAUCAUCUCCUCUGCGCCACCCCACUCGCAACACAUUGCACUUUCCAGUCGGGAUUGCAGCGUGCAGCGAAGACAUCAAAAGAUCAUUGAGGAAGCACCCGCCCCUAACCUGUCCGAAGAGCUCAGAAGAGAUCUGGAGUCGAAGGCUGUUGAAGCGGCAAGAGCCGUAGACUAUGUUGGCGCAGGGUGAGUGGACUGACUCCUGACGUCGGCGAGCCCCUCUUUCAGAGUUGAGCACAAUUGCGCAUUGUGACGCUGCGAACAGAACUGUCGAGUUCAUCAUGGACGCCACGACCGGCGAAUUGUGAGUGGGAAGGUGUCGCUUCCAACGAUUGCAUUGGUACAACGACGUUGCAUUGAAUGCGUUUCUCAUCACCUGCCUGUCUUCAGCUACUUCAUGGAGAUGAAUACAAGACUGCAGGUGGAGCAUCCAGUAUCGGAGCUCGUGACGGGAGGUGAGCAGACGGUCAUCAAGUGCUUGACAGCUCGAGCCAGGCAGCUGACGUACCUUGCUCCGCAUGCAGUCGAUCUUGUCGCCCUUCAAUUGCUCGUGGCGAGCGGCGCCCCGCUUCCGCUAUCUCAGGAAGACGUGCACGUCAAAGGGCAUGCCUUCGAGGCUAGACUCUACGCUGAAGACCCAGCGUCCAACUUUUUGCCGGAUGUGGGACACUUGCAGCACUUGCACUUUCCAGCGGAGAGCUCUAUCGGCUCCGACUCUGUUGUCAGAAUCGACACGGGAGUGCGAAGUGGAGAUGAUGUGUCGUGAGUCUGAAUCGAAAGCCUGCCUCCAGAGUCCGUUCUGAUUCUGCUCUGCUGUCGUCGCAGAGUCUUCUACGAUCCGAUGAUCGCCAAGUUGAUCGUACACGCCAAAGAUAGGGGUACAGCUUUGCGUCGACUGCGGUUGGCACUGGAGCAGACCCGUAUCGUGGGUCCCAAGACGAACGUCGACUUUCUCAAACGUCUGUGUGAUCAUCCGGCAUUUAUCAGCGCGGACGAGCUUGACACCGGGUUCAUUGCUGUGAGUGCGCUGAGCUUCCGCUCGAGAUUGGCAUCCGUUAUCGGCUUAUCAUUGCUAAGCUCCGAGGACAGAGAUACAAAGCCGACCUUCUGCCAGCUGUCCCCAGGCCAAGCAAGUCGGUGCUCACCUGUGCAGCACUGUACCUUGGCCUGCGAGACUCUGCGACGAGCGCCGCCAACGCAGGUCCAACUCUGAGCGCCUUCCAAGCUUUGCGGUUGUCGGCGGCGCAGCCUGCAAGCAGAACGUAUCUUCUGCGUGGUCGGGCAUCGUCUGGCUCGGAGAAACAGCCACAUGUCAGCGUUCGUGUCCUCCAAGAGCAAGGCGGCGUAUUCACUGUGCAGCUGCACGAGGACGACGGUGCAAUCUCGUCUAUUCGAUGUAUUACGACCAGCAUCGCAGGCAGCGAAGGAGAAGUGCUGAGCGCCGAACUGGCACCGACGGACGCGGCCGAUGCUGCAUUUCCGUCGCCCAGGAUACAAGCGACGAUCGUACCGAGACGUCCUUCUAGCAAUGCUCUGGAUACUGUGGAACGACUGGACCUGUUCUUGGAGGACAGGCAGAUUGAAAUAGACGUCGUUGCCCCGGCAUGGGUUGCGGAGCUCAGAGGAGCGCUCACGGAGUCAAAGGCGAGCGUGAAGAGCCCCAUGCCUUGCAAGGUGAGUAUCGGUGUAUCAUUGCGCGAGUCACCGCAGUGAUCGUGCUGACAAGCCUGCUGCACGACUUGGCCUUGUUCGCUCGAAAGGUUGUCGAUGUGCGCGUUCAGGUGGGCUCGAAGGUAGAAGCUGGCGAUGUGCUAGUCGUGCUCGAAGCGAUGAAGGUGCGUGCUCGACGUGUGACAGUGCGAAGAUCCCACACGCGCCCAAUCUUGGCAUCUUCGGCUUUUGCGGUUGACUCCGGACUUUCCACUCUCUCCUUUUGCCAUGCGCAGACCGAGCACGUCGUGCGCGCACCUCGUGCAGGCGUCGUCGCGACAUUGGCAGCUAAAGCUGGUCAGAUGAUAGGAGAAGGCGUCGAGCUUGUCCUCUUCGAGGAGGAGACGGCAGAGUAA